AUGGCUACCAAUGGCGUCGGCUCAAAGGCACAUCGCUUUGAUCCCAAUUUCACGCAACAUGUCAUUGAUGCUAUGGGACCAAAGACAUCGCCCAGAAUGAGAGUAGUCAUGACCAGUUUAAUACAGCAUUUGCACGAUUUCGCCCGUGAAGUCGAGCUGACUGUGGAUGAAUGGACGGAGGGGGUUUCACUCAUCAACUGGGCCGGCCAGAUGAGCAACGAGAAGCGAAAUGAAGGCCAGUUGGUCUGCGAUGUUGUCGGUCUGGAAUCGCUUGUCGACGAGAUCACCUACAAGAAGGCAUCGGAAGCCACCAAUGUUGCCACACAGUCCGCCAUUCUUGGGCCUUUCUUCAGACACGAUCACCCUAUCCGAGAAAAGGGUGCGACUAUUUCAUUCGAUACCCCAAAAGAUGCUGAAGUCGUAUAUAUGCACGGCCGAGUGCUUGAUGCCACAACUCAGAAACCCCUGGUUGGUGCCAGUAUCGAUGUCUGGGAAGCAUCUACAAAUGGUCUUUAUGAGCAACAAGACGACAACCAAGUUGACUGCAAUCUGAGAGGCAAGUUUAUUACCGACUCCAAUGGCGAGUAUGCGUUUUAUGCUUUGCGGCCGACGCCAUACCCCAUUCCUUAUGAUGGACCGGCCGGCAAACUUCUUCAACUCCUGGAUCGACAUCCAUACCGUCCAGCACAUAUCCAUCUGAUUGUUCUGAUAGAAGGCUACAAGCCAAUCACGACACAGAUCUUCGACAAGGCCAGCAAGUACCUCGAUGACGAUUCAGUGUUUGCUGUCAAGGACUCUUUGGUUGUGGAAUUUGUCCCACGAGAGGGCGACUCACAAGCAUCACUCGAACUGAAGUAUGAUGUUAACAUGGCUCCUUUGGAAUCAGAAGGCGAGUCAGGGCCCCCAAAUGGAUUGGUCACACAAGGGUCUGGUCAGGGAUUUUGA